AUGUACUCGAACCAGCCACCUGUUCCGGCUCCGUCGUCAGGACCCAUCAACGACAUAUCCCUCCCUAACAACGGCCAUUCUAAUUUUCAAUCGGCUGUCCCAUUGUGCAGCGACAGGGAAAUGACGAACCCGAAUUAUCCUACUCAUUUUAAUGCUACGGAUACUAACAAGCUAUCGUCACCGAUUUCAGCUAUGAACAACAAUAUCCUCCCACGCCUUAACACAUCCUCCAGCACUAUCACCCAGUCCUCCCUUGCUGAUGCAAUUGACGCAAACCUCACUCCAUCGACCCCGUUAUCGGGACUCUCAAACCACGACUAUGCGCCGCUCUCAUUUCCCCGCUCUCCAUCGAAAGCUCCCACAAGCUCCCAUGCCCAUGCCCAUUCCCGAAGUGUUGAUAUCGGAUCGCUCCGCUCAGCUGGUCUUCUCAAGUCCACCGUUGUAAAAUCCCCAAUUGAUCGCCGACCGGGGCCAAACACGGCCAUCGAAGUUUCGCAAGGACAAAAGAGGACGGCUAGCGGGGAUGUGAAGUCGGCUGCUUCCCCAGCCUCUCUCCGAAGUCCAGAAACAGUCACGACUACGCGCCAUUCCAGGACAAUGAGCACUGAUUCAACUGGUAGUAGAAUUGCGGAGUUGUCCGCCCAGCUUCGUGCGCGUUUAUCUUACGCAGCAGCGAAAGUUGAGAAAGAUUGGCCAAUCCACAAGUUGGAAGAAGCCUACACAGUACCUCCACGAUUGGAAUAUUCAUCUGCGUCGCAGUCUUCCCUAUCGUUAGGCUUCAAAAGCCCGUUCCGCUCUCCUAGAGGACCAUCGCACUCACGCGGUCGACAUAGUAUUAGCGGCACUCCACAGCACCAUGGAUUGUCCAAACUUCGGGAUCCUAAUUUCACUACCACGAUUCCGUCUAUUUCUCCAAUGAAAGAACCUGCUCGUCGUAACAAAUCCUCGUCGCCAAAUAGGAAUGCCAGGACAUAUAUUCCGCCCACGGCUACUCUCACAAACACUAAUACACCGCGUCUUGCUCCACCUGCUGAUAUUGUAUCUGGGAACGGCAAUGGACCGCGUCGCCGGCCAAAUCCUAAUGACGGCAUAUUACAGACCGCUUCCGAGAGCUAUAAUUAUUAUCCUCGAAGUCAGGCACUUACAGAUGGAGGAUAUUCCGCUUCCUCGACCCAAACAACCACUUCGACCGAGGCUAUUCUCGACACACCGCCUCAAUCGCAACCUCAAUUAUCUCGCCAGUCUGCGACUCCUUCUUCCACCACCACCGCCGCCGCCGCCGCUGCCAAGACGAUGCCAUUCCCGAAGCAACGGACACCAUCUCAAAAUGCUCUAAUGGAGAAGGACGCUAUCGAAACAUUGCUAUUCAUGUCAAGCCCCGAAAAUUCAGGCUAUCAUCCAAGUUCCCAGCAAACGCAACAAAGUGAUUAUAGCGGCACGCACCUUACCCUCCCUCCUCCUUGCUUACCUAGAUCCUCAUCUCAACAGUCCUCGUCCAUUGAGAGCCGUUUGGGUCUUGGCAUACGCCAUGAUAGCACCCCGAAUGUGACCCGUUCUACCCGGAAGGUUAGUUUUGCCGAUGACGAUACGAGCAACGGCUCGAGUGAUGCGUAUCCAAGAAAUGGGCCUAGCGGCCUACGGGAACAUGAAGCGGGUGAUGCGAUUGACCGUAUGCUAGACGAACUAGGUGAUAGCGAGAGUGAGUCAGAAGGUGACUGGCUUACGCGCUUUAUGAACCAAAAUGGCAGGGGGGAAACAUUACAACCGAGCAGGCGUGGAUAG